AGGAGCAGAGGGAAGGAGGGGGGGGGGAGAGAGAGAGCAAUGUGCCUUUCACAGAGCUCGGAGCUUGAUGGGAAUGUUUGAUUAGCUCCUCUCUGAAAGAAAAAAGGUGUCCAGGCCUCCCUCUGCUGCCCGCCUCUCCUUCUCUAGAAUAAUGUUGGCUGGAGUUUGGGAUACAGAAAAGCUUGGAAAAAAACCCACUUUCAUACUGUGUGGAGAAAAGGAAUAAAAAGUUGCACACCUCAAGCAAGGUAUAUCAUCUCUUCAUUAUACCUACCUGAAUGAGAGCUAUUUUGAACUAAAUUCUUCUUGCCAACCUGCAUAUAAACAUUUGUUUAACCACCUCAGAAAAAAAUUACUCCUGUGCCCAAGGUGCAACUUAGGGAGAAUUCAGACCUCUGAAUCCACCCAUACCUCACUUCAAUGACUUGAGAGUGACUUGACAGGUACCCCACAAGAGGUACUGGCUGCCAGCGGUCCCCACAGCCCUCUUGAGAGUCAGAAACCUCAUAAAGAAGAGCAGGCACCAUUUAAAACAUUAUGUGGCAGCCACAACAAUCCAUAUCUUGUCAUAAGAAGCAAGUGGUGAGAACCCUUAAUCAGGGAUAACUGUCCAUGGCCUAAGGGAAUUUGGACCCAUGUUUUCCUCAUCACAGAAGAAAUAUGAAAGUGCUCCUUAGUGACGUAUCCAGAUUUUGCUUCACUCACCAUGAAGGCCACAGUCAUUGCAACCUUCUUUGGUGUGUUUCUUACAUGUACAUACACAGCCAAGGAAGCCACAAAGAAGACAAAAAAGGCUAAGCUGUAUGUACCCCAGAUUGAUUGUGAUGUCAAGGCAGGGAAGAUAAUCAAUCCAGAAUUCAUUGCAAAAUGCCCUCCUGGAUGUCAAGAUGUAAAACACCGUGUUUAUGGCACAGACAUUUAUGCUUCUUUCUCCAGUGUCUGCAAUGCUGCAAUUCACAGUGGUAUAAUUGACAACACAGGUGGGAAGGUUCUUGUCCAGAAAGUCGCCGGGCACUCUGGUUACCGCGGGAGCUUCUCCAAUGGUGUCCGGUCCCUGUCACUGCCGCGCUGGAGGGAAUCCUUCCUGGUGUCAGAGGGCAAGCCAAGAAAAGGUGUGACAUAUCCAUCAACCCUUGAAUAUUCGUCUUCAAAAAGUACAGCUGUUAAAUCAGAGCCCAAUAAACCAGAGCAAGACCUAAAAGGUACGAAGAGUGCAGACCCUGCUAACACAUCAGAAAAAGCAUCAGAUCAAGGGGACACAGCCCGCAAAGAGCAUCAGACAACUCCAGUGCUGACCCCAGCCACAGAAAUGGCCACCACCACCCCCACACCUACCACCACGACGACAGAGCCUUCCACCACAGUGCCACAGCCAACCACAACCCCUGCAGCACCCAGAACCACAGCAGCUCCAGCCAAGGCCAGACCUGGACUGCACAGGGGCAGAGAUAUGGGUUCUAGCAGUGUCCACCCAGCAUAUGCAUCUGUGGUAGCUGCAGCAGCAAGACAGGUUCAGGCCGCACAAGGAAGAGGACAGAAUACAGGUACUCAGCACCAAGAGCCUGUUGCCACCUUCCAGAGGGCUGCCAGCUCUCCAGUCCACCUGGCAAUGGAAAUAGACUCAUGGAAACCUGGACUGAGCCUUUUUGACACAGGCUUCAGUUCAAAGGAAGAAUUGAAUCCAAAGCCGCUGGAAUCCAUCUCCCAGGGGAACCAGAAUUGCAAGGUUGAUUUGUCCUUCCUAAUGGAUGGGAGCUGGAGCAUUGGCAAACGCCGCUUUCAGCUCCAGAAGCGGUUCCUUGGUAACAUGGCUCAAGCCCUUGGCAUCGGCAGUGCUGGUCCUCUGAUGGGCAUUGUUCAGUAUGGUGAUGACCCUUCCACAGAAUUUAAUUUAAAAACUUAUGCCAACUCCAAGGAUCUAAGGAAUGCCAUUGAGAAAAUUCAACAGAAAGGGGGACUUUCCAAUGUUGGGAAGGCACUUUCAUUUGUAAACAAAAACUUCUUUCUGGAUGCAAAUGGAAACCGAGGUGGAGCACCCAACGUGGUUGUAGUGAUGGUGGAUGGGUGGCCAACCGACCGAGUGGAAGAGGCCUCCAGGCUGGCCAGAGAAUCAGGGAUCAACAUUUUCUUUGUCACUGUUGAAGCAGCUGCUCAAAGUGAAAAGCAGAAUGUUAUUGAACCGAACUUUGUGGACAAGGCAGUGUGCAGGACAAGUGGUUUCUAUUCCAUCAAUGUGCCCAGCUGGUUCAGCCUGCACAAGGUGGUGCAGCCCCUGGUGAAGCGGGUGUGUGACACCGAGCGCCUGGCUUGCAGCAAGACGUGCCUCAACGCCGCCGACAUCGGCUUCGUCAUCGAUGGCUCCAGCAGCGUCGGCACCGGCAACUUCCGCACGGUUCUGCAGUUCGUGGCCAACAUCAGCAAGGAGUUUGAGAUUUCGGACACCGACACGCGCAUCGGGGCGGUGCAGUACACCUACGAGCAGAGGCUGGAGUUCAGCUUUGACAAGUACAGCACAAAGCAGGACGUGCUGAACGCCAUCAAAAGGAUCAGCUACUGGAGUGGGGGAACCAGCACGGGAGCAGCCAUCAGCUACGCCUCAGAGCAGCUGUUCAGCAAGUCCAAACCCAACAAAAGGAAGAUCAUGAUUCUCAUCACAGAUGGCAGGUCUUACGAUGAUGUCAGCGUGCCAGCCAUGGCAGCUCACCAAAAUGGAGUCAUCGCUUAUUCCAUUGGAGUUGCUUGGGCAGCCCCAGAUGAACUGGAAGCCAUUGCAUCAGACCCUGCUAAGGAGCAUUCCUUCUUUGUGGAUGACUUUGACAACCUCUACCGCUAUGUUAAUCAGCUCAUCCAAAACAUUUGCACAGAGUUUAAUUCCCAGCCACGGAACUGAUGGACUCCAGCAAGGCAGGACCCUUGGGUACUGUGCUAAAGGCAUGACAAGUGCCACAGAAAUAAUGCCAGCCCUCAGUUCAAGAAACACUGGAGGUGCUUUCCUCUGGCACUUUCCAGUCAGCAAGGUUGAUUGCAGCUCUGUCCCUAUGCAUGAUAAUGCUCUGCGUAGAGUGUUGAUUUUUUUUUUCAUUGUGGGCAUCAUAAACUCUGAUUUAGAUGAACAGCAGAAGAGGCAGUGAACAUGGAGGAAAUAACUGCAGGUGUUUGAAGAGCUGCUUCUAGCACAGAGCCCCAGACUGCCCAAUUCUCACCUUAGGAUACACACAAAUUCCUUAAAAGUGCCUCCUGCUCCCUGAAGUGUCCAGGUUCCUUCAGGGAGUGGCCAAGCUGCUGAGCUGCUGUGGUAGAAACACCUCAUGUGGCACUGCCCACCAGAUGACACACAGAUCAGGGCUCAAAUACCAGAUGGAGGGGGAACACAAUUUGAGUACCUUCUUAAAGGCAGGUACUCUCUCCACACUGCUGUCUUGUCAGUAAGUUAAGCUUCAGCUAGUGUCAACUCAAGCACUGGGAUUUAUCCAAACCCUGAGAAACUGGAAAGCAAGAGAGAGGAAAUGUUCAAACCCCAGGACCCUAUAACUCUGCCUCCUUUACAACCCUACAACCCCAAUAAAGCCCCAAAUCCACAAGGCAGCCAACAUGCAGGAACUGGAAUCUAGUCUCCCACAACAUUGCAUUAAUUACUUGACCUUGAGACGUGUCUUUUCCCUCACCUUCCUCCUUCACUCUUGGAUGGUUCAAAGCCUGCAGGACCACAGGAGUGUUGCCAGGACACAGGAGACUCUGAGAAAAACUGUGGGUUUAAGCUGCUCACAAUCACUAAAGCAUUUAAGACUCACCACUCUGUCAUUAAACCAACACUCAGAAGUGCAGUCUCUAGUGUCAGGAGAGCUAUUCAAGAGCCAUUAACAGGAUUUAAGAUGGAAUUAUCUGAAGUUCUGUAUUAUACACUGGGAAAAGCAGAAUUUCAAGCAUUUAGAUACUCUCCCUCAAAUUUAGGACCAGCUUUUCUUUUAUGGACUGAUUUCAAAAUGUACCUAUUACAGCCCUGGAUCUGUCAGAACACACAGUGAUUUCUUAAGUGUAGAACUACCCAUGUCACUACCCAGUGCAGGAGGAGGGACACACAAGGAGGACCAAAAUAACUGCACUCUAUAUAGGAAGCAGCAGUUGCUGGUUAUGUUCCAUCCAGUAUCAUUAAAGAAAAUACAUUCAUUAAGCAAAGUUAUCAAAGGAGCCAAUAAAAACAUGAGUGUUCACACUCCUUACAGAAAUCAAAGCCAUGCUGUGCCAGGCUUGUGGAACUAACAGGAAAUGGAAAGAAAUUAAAACUCAGAUGUGCCAUAUUACUUGCAAAUCAGGCUCUUUACAGCAUUUAUAGUUUUAAUAACCAUAAGCCAAGAUAUUUAUUAGCCACAUAAAUUCUAAUUGAAUUGCCAUAAGGGAAACUCAUUUUAUCAGCAAAAGUAGGACUAUUUUUUAAAUCAUUAUGUUUGGAAAUAUGACUGAAGUAGCUUAUAACCUGUCAACUAAGUAAGCAUAACACAAAUUAAUGAAAACAGCAGAUUCUGCAUGAUCCCCCUGGUGGGGUAACAAAAGCCAGGCUGGGGUCCUCUCAAGAGGUUAUCAAAACCAGUUUUGGAUGAAACAGUGGUUUUACACAGUGAAAGUUCAUCACUUCCCCUUAGAAGAAACAUUAAGUUCCAGCUUUAACUGAGUAUCAUCAAUUCAACCAUUCUAGCCAUACUGAAAGCCCAGGACACUGUCAGCAUCCACAAAUACAUUUGUAUGCAGAGUUUUUACCACUAAUCUCUGCUGCCGCACUUCACAGCAGUAGCUUUUGGCUUGAAAAAAUGAUUAAGGACAGAGAGUUAGGCAUGCGGCAUGAGCAGAGCAAC